AUGACCAUAUAUGGUGUUGCAAAGGUUAACAAUCUCACACAGAUACAACGCAUCUUCCUAACUUUUACCCAAGUUGAAGGAUUGUUCGUGGUUUGGUAGAGCACCAUGGCAAUAAGUAAAUCCAAUUAAUUCUACAAUAUUCACUGCUCAUAGAGUCAAAUGUCACCAUCUACAAAUAAAAAUGGAAACUGCAAACCACCCAAAAAGGAAAUAGGUUUGCUGUUAAUACUUUGGAUUGUUUCGGUAUAAUGAGGCCAUUUCCGGGAAUUGGUCUGUUUAUUUCCCCUUUCAUUUUGAGCUAAAAGAAACUUGACUUAGUUUUGAAAUGUGUAGAUCAUCACCGAUUUCAUCAGAAGACAAUAACUAUUUUAGGUUCUUUAGUGAGUCCGGCAAAUCGGUGUAUACCAUGAUUAAAUAAUAAAAUGAAGUACUCAUUAUUUUUACUUAUUAUUAUUUUUAUUUUUUAUUUUAUUUUAUUUUUUGCAUCAAGACAGAUUCGGGUUUCUGCAGCAAAACGUGACGGAACUUCCAAGAAUACUUACAUGAUUUGCGCUACAAACAGUCAGAGAAUAAGGGACAAAGAGCAACGAGAAUAUACCUGACAGAUCACUUUAACUGAAAAAUGACGGGAAAGAAAAGAUUCUUCUUCCUCACAAGUUACUAUAUAAGCGAAACUCACUCCAUGCAUUCAAAACAUAUACGGAGUAAAAUUCAUUGCAAGGCGAAAAGUACGAAAAGAUUGGUAAGUAGCACGUUACGCGGUUAGGCACUUUUUGGUUACAACUGAUAUUUGUCAUAGGUGCAGGUAUUUGAUUUAAAGCCGGCUUUGCUGCUGUCUGAGAGAAAACUGUGACGUUUCUAAGGGAAUUUUGCAAAGAUUCAUCACAUAUAAACCACAUCACCUCGAUAUAUCCUUCGCCAAAGUGAACCAUUCAUUCUAGAUCUUUCUGUACAAAAAAUUGUUUGUCAUAUAACCCAGCAACCGUUUCAACGAACUGGUAAUUCCACUGAUGAAGGGCCAGACCCGAAACGUUUGGAAAGGAUAACUUCAACCUAAGCACGGCACUUUUGUUCAUGAUUUAUUUAUUCUUUUUAAUGAACAUUUUUGUUACUUCUAUUUUCUAAAGAGCUACGCAGCUUAACGGAAUUCUUUCGUCAUUUGUUAACCCAGUAUAUAAACAAUGAAUGUGAAAUCCGUUGUUUCCUUCCAGGGAAGAAAUGGAAAUUCUCAACAUCAUUAUCGCAGCCAUAACAGCUGCAACGUUUAACUCAGUGGCUCAUAGUGCUCCAGUAUACAAUACCCCAAGCACAUUAGAACUCCUCGUCACUGCUGUGAUUCCUUCAAGGGUUACUAACGCCAGUCUAGAGGUAUUUUGUGUUAAAGAUUUUUUUUCGAUUACCAUAAGUAGCCAAUUUUGAUUGCCAAAAGUGUGGGAUUUGGCCAAUUACUUUUUAAUUAUUCACAACGCACUAAUGAAAAAAGUUAGUUAAUUAAGUAUCUUUAAUUAGUUGUAAUUUGUUCUUCUAUGAGACACUACUGUUUACAAUAGUUUACAAGUAUUCCCGUCGACAGGCAACAUUUCUGGGGUAAAUACAAAGGCAUUUUGCAAUAAAGCCAAAACAUUUGUCAGCCGUCCUGGGUCUGUAAUUUGGUUCUUAAUUGAGGUAUAUGAUGAAAUAAAAGUAUAUGUCAUGUGAGGCCCGAUGCCCUAAGGUUCCGUAAGGGUUUUUUCCCCUCAUAUAACAGUUCCGCCAGGCGGAAAACAAGGUUGUGAACGAAGCUGUCGGAUAAUAAAUAAAAUACAAAUCAUUGAAUAUCAAAUACCGCGGAGCAUCUUCGUUUCCGCAUUGUUUUUUGGGGGAGGGCAAACCUGGAUAGGGAAUACCGGGAGAAAAACCUCUUGGCAAGGGCGAGAAACAACUGCAUUCUUAACCCACCCGUGGGAAUCUAGUUUCCCUCGCAGCCAUUUUUUGAAUGUCACGCAACGCUCCCCCAAAAGAACUUUUGGGGGAGCGUUGCGUGACAUCCAAAAAAACGGCUGCGAGGGAGACUAAUGGGAAUCGGACCCUGCCACAAAGGUGGAAGACUUCUCUCAUCACUGCAAAACGCGUGCUUCCUAUUACUGCAGUGGAACUGUGGUCACCCCUCCCUCCAUUACUGGUAAAAAGAUAAUUAAGCUGGCAGCUCUGUUUACGGUUUACUUUUUUGCAGAUGAAAAACUUGUAUCAAUUUAUUACUUCCACGAGCUACCUUGAAGAUGCAGGACUCGUGGUUCCAAACAUCAACGCGAAUAGCUGUUUCCCAAAUCAGGUUUCUAACUACUUGAUUUUAUUUAUCUUACAUAGUGAAAAGCCGUACCGUAAAUUUGAGUACGGUAAUUAACAAUUAUUCCUCGAGCCCGAAUGGGCUGUGAGUCAAUAGCCCAUGAGGCCGAAGGACGAAUGGGCUAUUGACUCAGAGGCCGUGAGGGCUAGAGGAAUAAUUGUGUUAGUAAAAUCCAACUAGUUGAUCAAAUUUAUCGAGACAAAACAACUUUAGCUAGUUAAAGCUAGACUUAAAGCCUUUGUUUUGGAUUUCAAAGCGGGCGCUUUACACUACUAGUGGGCUAUAACAUAUAGCCUAGUAGUAGCUCAACCAAUCAGAACGCAGCAUUGAUAAUAGACCACUAGUUGGAUAUUACUUAAGUGGUUUAGCCAGUCAGAAAUUGCAAAUAAUGGUACUGUGUCGUUUGAGAAGUGCCAUUCCGUGAACGAUUUUUCUCAGUAAACAACCUGCCGAUUUUAGAGCCGUUUUUAACCCACUUGCUUUGUAUUUCAGUGGACGCCGGAAAAAAAUAGCUUUCUUACCAAGUUUGCCCUGGGCAGAUAUGAUGCAAACAAGUGCAAAUUGAUGAGUAAAUCGGGGGAAAAGAUAAUAAAUGCCACAUUUGUUUCCUAAUUUCCAAUCCAGUGUAAAUUAGUAAUGCAAAUUUGAUAUUUAUCACGUUUGCCUAUGAUUUACUCCUCAUCAAUUUUCUUUUUUUUUAGCGUUACAUCGCCCUUGAGCAAAUUUGAUGUAAAUCCAUUUUUUUCCAGUGAAUUUGUAUGCAUAGGAAUAAAUGUCAAGCUUUCCCUUAAAUACACUUUGUCAUAGUUCCAUUUCCAAGAUUAAUAGCUGAAUAAACAGUUUAAUAACAGCACUAUAAGGUCUGCAAGGUUUUUUCCAUCUUAGUAGUUUUCCCUUAAUUUUUUUCAGGCAUGGAAUGACAAACUUCCUAUCGCGUACAAACAACUGACUGUCUUUAGAAGUCCCCUCUACUUGGCCUUCUCUUAUGAAGAAAAUCAAAGACCGCUCCACAGUAUACUGGCUGAUGCCCUCUGGGACACCAGCGUUUUCGUGAAUGCUACAACAGCUAUGCUUAUCAGAGAGGUAAGAAGCUACAAUAUUCGUCAUAUUUGAUAAAAUACUUGUCAUGGUACGUCCCUCUCAUUGUUGACUGAUGAUUAUUACCAUUUAAAAAAUACGCGAGUCAACACUUUGGAAGGAGGGAAGGCGCAAAUACAGAUGAAAGUUAGAUAAGUCAACUAAGAGAAGAUGUGACAUGUAAAAUCCUCAACUGUCGUUUACUGAUUUUAAGACGUUUGACGCAAAAUUUAUUUGAAUGUUAAGUAAAACAUUGCGCUUUCGUGCGCUUAUAAUAAAGAUAAAUUUAUAUAAAGUCAAUAGCUGACGAGGAUACACAAUCCGGAAAAGAAACAGAUUGAUGAUAAUACAAGAAGUGAACAAUAAUUUCGUGUACCUGGCCUCCUAUUUCUCUUUUAUGUGGAAACACAUUGUUCAUCAACCAGGUCUAUGGACUUGUAGUGUCUAGGUAUGACCACACAUUGUCGUUUUAGGAUUAAAAAUUCACUUACUAGGGAGACUCACUACUAUCUUACAGACUGAACAAGGCAACGGUGAUUGAAAGUAGGUGGCUAAUAGAGAUAUAGUUUGGCCCCUUCACCGAGGAGCCCUCAUGAGGAUGGCCGGUACUAAAACGAAUAAUUAUGAUAACUUUUAUAAACCAUCCGUCUUAAGAUAACAUCACUUUUGUUCGCCAAAAUGGUACUAAAACAUUUAACUUACAUAACUUAUAUAAUGGUUUGGUUUCUUUUUACAUCGCAGAUGAGAGAAAGAGCCAUUUCUGUGCCACCUGUUACAUCUGAAAUCUCGGAGUCAAACCUGAAUCGCUAUGUUCGCGAUUUCCUUCAAGGUCUUGUUGACGAUAGUAUUGUGGUAUGUAUAAAACUAGAAUACUAGAUAGCGCUAGCUGGGUCUUUAAUAUCAACAGGAGAUUAAAAAAACGAUCGCUAGUAAAGUGCGCUGAAGGUCGCAUGACUUAGAAAUCAGACCUUAGAAAAUUCAUCUGUCUGUGUUUGGUAGUUUAUAUAUCAUAAGUUAAAAAUACAGUGACAGAGUUAUUGGAAACUUAAUAAAUCCCUUGUAUGAAUAUAGGCUGCAAUUGGUGACGACAUUUUUUGAGACACUUUGCCUUCAAAGACAUUUCUCACGGCUUACCGACACUAUCUACCUCAAUGCAAGGAGGAAAAAGUAAGCUUUCAAUCGCCCAACCCCUGCAAACAAUGUUGUGCUGAGCUACCUGUAGGCAAGAACAAACAACUAAACUUUAGAUUAGGAACUUGGGAAAGAGGUGCAGAUUGGUUUGUCCUCCGAAAUAGAACCCCAUUUAACGACAGUAUCCAAUCAAUUUUGUAGAUGUGGACCGUAUAAUCGUGGAAUACUAAUAAAUUCAAAUCCUGUUUUUCUUACAGAAUCUCAGUAUCAAUGACGAUCUAGUCAAGAUUUACCGGAAUUACGUCAUUCUCUACUCUCUCAGUAGUGUCAUCGAAGAGGCUUCAAUCUGUGUCAGCGGAAUCUAA